AAGUGUAGCAUCAGACUUUGGUUUAUGUUACUGAAAAUAAGAGGUUGGGCUCAUCCAACUGUUUUGUUGUCCAUAUACUAAAAAGAAUGUUAAAUAUUUUGUUAGGGUAAAAUGCAAAGCAUUCAUGAUUUUUUAAUUUUUUUUAUUGCUUAGGUUGUUCUUAUGUCAGAGCCAUAUGUAUGCAAGCUAGUUUAUGAUUCACCUGAGCCACAGAAUAACAGGUUUGUUGUCAAUACUGAAACAUGAAAAUGCUUUUCCAAUAGUCUGAGGGCAGCAUUCACAUAACACGACGGCAUCUAAAAGUGGCAUAAAUACAUACAGUAUAUUAUAGAUAUAUAUGCUUCAUGACUAUGAUGGUAUGGAGUUACAAAAGACUAGACUCCUUUCAUUCUUCUUAGAGCUAAAUCUUUGCAGCUGUUUACUACCUCCUGAUGCUAGCCACGUUUAGCUAAAAUGAAAAUUAAAAAGACAGCGUGAAAUAGACUAUGGAAUUGUGUUAGCAUAUGCAAACGAAGAUGAUUAGCUAAAACGAUCCACUUGAAGACUAGACACCAAACAUGGAAGAAUUUUAUCAGAGCACAUGACGUCUUCUAAUUUGAAUGAUAUGCAAUAAUAAUAGAUCCGAUAUUAUUUUGCUAUGUUAAAUGAAAGGUAUAGCACCCUCAACUGUCAUAAUCACUACAUUAAUAUAAUUAACAUAUGAGAUAAUUUAACUAAAUGGUAUUGUAUAACUGUGAUUUUUGUGAGAGUGGGUUCACAAACAGAAAUGCAGAGCAGAUUUAAAACUCAGUGACGGUAAAUGAUCCACCAUUUCUCUUUCUACCAGUAAGGUUCAUGAGUAGAUUCUCAGGAAGUUUGUUUCUCUUUUUCUUUUUCGGGUGUAAGCGUCGUAACAUGUCUGAAUUAGACGGGUCUGGGAGGCUCAAAUGCAAAUCAUGUGCAUCUUUUUGGUGAAAGCAAAUAAUACGUAAUAACUAGAAACCUUAUGAGCAGCUGAAAUAGUACUAUAGUUACAAUAGUAACCACUACCACACACACAAUGCUGUAAUGUAAUAUGAAACUCUUGGUUUUAUUUACUUAUCAAGCAAAAAAAGUUUAAAUUGUUGCACACAAAUUCAGAUAGAAGUUCCUUAAAAAAUGAUAUAAAGUCUAGUUCAUUUUUUUCUUAAGUGCGCAAUUAUUAUCAUAAUUUCUUCCUCUUGUUUUAGACAUGUAUUCGACCAUUUCAAAGUCCAAUUUUUGAAAUUGCACCAUUUUAAAUGAAGCUGAAGUACAAUUGAAAUCAUAGCAGUUUAAAUGGAUAGUUUUCAGAGUAAAAUAUAUUAAUACUCUGAAUUCAGUGGUAUUUAAAAUGAAGUAUCCCGUAGUGGUUAAAUUUCACAUUAAGGUAUUCAUUUGCUUUCCAGACUAAUUGUUAGGGCCGGUUUUUACUUCCAUAUUAUUCAAACAACAAAUGUCUUAUCUCACUAGCUACUUCAUGUCUUCUUGUCCAUGUUUGUAGUUCUUCUUGUUAAAUUCUUCAUGGAAAUGAGUCACCAACGUGGCUGGAUGUUUGUUGCUUUUUUAGAGCGUGAUUUGUUCUUUUUGUGGCUUCCGGUUUUUCUUUUAUUUCUUAACGAGAUAUGAGAUUUGUUUUCUACCAGUUUUCCUUUUUCAUUUGUCUCCUGAUCUGAUUGGAUACAAAGCGCAGCUGGAACGCUAAGCUUCUAAGACCAAAUGAGCAAUAAAAGACAGUGUCUCACAAUCAUUUGAUGCAGACAGGUUUCAGGUUAGGAUCUGUCACACCAGUUAUUUCCUUCUGAUGUUGGAUGCAUAAAGUACUCCAUGACCAAACUGCAUUAAUAUCUUAGUACAAAAAAGAAAAUAAAGACUCUUCUAUGGACUAACUGCUGCUACCCUCUUCUAGUUUAACCCUAAAUAAUCAAAUGCACAAUCAACACUGUUUGGGAUCUGUUUCUCAUGUUUCCUUGUAGAUAUUAAAUUUUAUUGUUUCACCUUGAUCCCCAAAUCUAGAAAUGGAACAGGUUUGUCCUCCCUCCACGGGUCGCUGUGUAUUUAAAGUGUUUGGGCAUCAGUAGCUGGAGGUCGAAGCAGUGGGUUGAUGUGAGACUGAUCAACUCCGUGCAUGUAGAACAGAACACGUUGUGCCGAUGUUGUGAUGAGCUUGUUUUUUUGUUGUGGUUGUUCUUCGGUCUGUGUACUUCCUCUUCCGCUGUAAUCAACGUAUGGAAGCCCAUUUCUGCCACGAAUAGAAAGAAAAUAUAUUAUAGUUGGGUUUGAUAUAAAAUACUCAUGCAAAACCCAUAUUUUUAAGAAAUAGGACGAGAUACUAAUUCAAAAUUCUGACUUACUAAUGCAUGGUGUCUACUUAAAUGAAACAUUCAAAACACAAUUACAUUUUUUUUGCUCUUCUCAAUGUUGACCAAAUCUUCAUAAGUAUCUUAAUUUUGGCUUAGAAGGUCAACAUUAUUACUUAGUACCUCACAAUUUUGACUAUUGUACAUUUAAUGCAUUUCAUGUUGACUAUCAUCAUUUUGGCAUCAAAUGUUGAGGUAUCUCAAAACUGAAAAGUAGAUUUUAAAUUGCGGAGUAUUUGUUCUCUCCCCGAGAGUGAUGGGCUUCCAUAACAGGACUCUGCAGAGUUCCUCCUGCACCUGGACGGGUUCUGCCAGAUGUGCACAGUGGUGAGGAACAGGCUGGAGUUGAAUAUUUGUUUUUUUUCUUGGAUACUAACACGGGUCUUUUGUAUGUGAUAGCCCCCCUGAUUAUAUUAAACCAUUAUAUUGUGGUGCUAUAUAUAUAUUUGAUAAAAAUGACUUAAUGUAUUGGGAUUACUAUUGUCUGAAAAUAAUUGUGAGUUUAGAGGGUUAUGGUGCAAAAUUUAUUUUGGAUACAAAUGAAAAAAAAAAAUCUAUGUUAAUAGUUAUAAAUCUAUUGAUAUUAACAUUGACCCCUGAGGUACAUUAUUAGAUUGCAGUUUAAAGUUUGUACAUCUUUUUGAUAGUGUAUACCAUUUUCCUUUCAUAUGGUAAAUUUGUGAUGUGAUCGAGCUUUGAUAGACUUUGUAAAUAAAGCCAAAUGUUUGGAUCAUAUAUUGGUUGUAAUGGAUGGCUUCUUCGUUUACAACUGCAUGGCUGUGAGAGUUUAUCUGGUGGUUUUUGUAAGAUCGGACUUUUACACUGAAUAAAAAGGCUUACGACUUC